AUGUUUCCAUUGAAAGUUUAUUAUGCUUGCUCAAUAAGCUUAGUUAGGGGAGCAGCAUAUGGUUAUCUAGGCAUUAAUUUAAUAGAUUUAAGCUUGAAAUUCUAAAAGGACUAAUCAGAAUAUUCAGAUCUUGAAUAAGAAUGUUAGCACUAAAUUAGUUGGGUGAUAGGAUUGGCGAUAAUUAUGCUAUUUGGAUCAAUUACUAAUAUUUUUACAGCAGGAGUUAUGGCUAAAUUAUUUGAUAUGCAAGAUUAUAUUCCCUAUCGAUUUUAAAAGCUGAUUAAUCAUUCUGAUUUUUGCUUUUCUGUUGUAGUUUUGGUUUUUUCAUUUUUUAUGCUUGUUGGAUAUGAUGAAAAUUGUGGUAGAUUUUCUGUCCUAGUUCACUUUUAUUUACUGUUUUUUUGGAUACCUAUCUCUUUUUUUGCUUCACUAAUAGGGAUUUAUAUUAUUUUUAAAUGCGAUUACGGACCUAUUUUCUAUGAAUUACAAUAUGCUACAGAACAGGAAUUAACUACAACAUUCGGGCAGUGGUCUACAAUAUGA